AUGUGGGUGUUUCUGGGCUCCGAUUGCCUGUUCUUCGGCUCUCUCAUAGCCACCUACAUGGUCUACCGGGGACAGAGCAUCAUUGGCCCCUAUCCCAGGGAUAUCAUCGAUGUUCCUAUCACCACCGUCAGCACCUUCGUACUCCUGAUGAGCUCGUUUGCCAUGGUGAUGGGGGUUUCCGCAGCCCGCAACGGAAACCAGAAGCGCCUUAUCCAGUGGCUGUUGUUCACGAUCGUGCUGGGCGCCACAUUCAUCGGCUUCCAGGUGUACGAGUUCAACCUCUUCCGCGUCGAAGGGCUGCGCUACGAAACCAACCUGUUCAGCAGCACAUUCUUCACGCUGACCGGUUUCCAUGGAGCUCACGUAACACUGGGCCUCGUUUGGCUGGUGGGCAUCGUCAUCAUUGCGGCCCGCAACCCUGCCGGGCGACCCUCCGGCCUGGACGUUGACAUCGCGGGCCUGUAUUGGCACUUCGUCGACAUCGUCUGGAUCGUGAUUUUCACGUUGCUUUACCUGAUCGGCGGCUUUGACGGGCCCCCGGAAGCCGGCCACGCCGCGGCGCAGGGAUGGAACUGGGUUACCGGUUUGAUCAGCUAG